AUGUCGAGAGACGGUGCGAAGGGCAGACCCAAUGCUCGGCUGAAGACCUCAGAAUUGGUUCCCACUGAACGAACAACCCUUCUCCCGUCAACACCUCCCGCCGCCGCGAGCGAAGUUGCUAACGCUGACGACAACGAUGCAAGGACUGCUCCGAGGUUCGUUGCUAAGGCGGGAUCGCUGUCGAGCAGCGGAAGCAUCAACUCGAUGGCCGAAGAUGAUGAGCAUACCAAAGCCAACCAGAGCAUCGGCUUCGGACGAGCAGUCUGCUCUACGAUUGCGCUCGGGACCUUAGUGUUUCUGAUAGCAACGAACAUGUCCAUGCUUACAACAAUACAAAGCGCUAUUGCUUCGGAACUAGACGCCUUCGACUCUACGCCCUGGUUCACUUCUUCGUUUCUGAUAUGCACGAGCGCAUUGGGGCCUUUGAAUGGAAAGCUCAGCGCCGUGUUCACGCCCAGGCUCUGCAUUGUCGCAUCAUCUAUCAUCAUUGCCAUUGGAGAAGUGAUUACCGCAUUCGCGACCUCACUGGAGAGUUUCCUGGUCGGGCGUUCCGUUGCUGGAGUUGGGGCCAGCGGUGUCUUUACCAUCUCGAUAAUCAUAGUGCUGGAGUUGACUGGCAGCAAGCGCAAGGGACUCGCGAUUGGGCUACUGAACUCGGGCUACACUUUCGGCGUCGCAGUUGGAGCAACUGGGGCUGGGUUCUUCCUACCAAUUAUCGGGUGGCGUGCUCUGUUCUGGAUUCAGGCCCCUAUCGCUCUACUUGCUGGUCUCAUGCUGUUCUUUGCGCUACCAUUCGACUUUACCUCGGGCAAGAAGGACACGUCAGAUCACAGCACAUGGAAAAGAGUGCGUCGCAUCGAUUAUCUCGGAGCUAUCACACUCACGACUUCGCUGGUACUCAUGCUCUACGCACUCAGCUCGCCGAAAAGCAUUCCGAUUCUCCCACUGAUCCUGUCUGUAGUCGUAGCUACUGCGUUCGUCUUGGUCGAGGCAUAUCUGGCAUAUGACCCUAUCAUACCCGUGGCGCUUCUCAGACAUCGUGGACUUCUGUUCACCUGUCUCGGCACGGUCGGCUACAUGAUGAGCCGCUGGUGUGUGCUCUUCUAUGCGCCAACAUAUGCCAUUGCAGUGCGGCAAUGGCCACCUUCGGUCGGCGGAGCGAUGCUGAUCCCAACGAAUGCAGGCUUUGCAACAGGCGGCCUGCUCGCGGGCUGGCUACACAUCAGGCGUAAAGGCUCAUUCUGGACUCCGACCGUAGUGUCCUACGCCAUUUUCCCGGUGACUCUGCUCGUUCUAGGGAUGCUUUCACACCGUAACGGUUCCCCGGUGGGCUUUAUCAUUGUCUUGUUCAUUAACGGCUGCUCGGCAGGUGCCGCACUUAAUUAUAGUCUUGCUCAUGUCUUGCACCUAACGCCGAAAGAGGGGCACUACAUUGCCACAGCGCUGAAUGCGACGUUCCGCGGGUUCGCUGGCUCAUUCGGAAGUGCCGUGGGCGGAGGCCUCUUUACGAGAACGUUGGCAGCCUCGCUCGCUUCUCAAUUCGCCGAGCGAGGCAUGAAGAGAGACGACCUCGUGCGAAGACUCCUUGGGUCGCCUGCCCUGGUGGACCAACUGCACGGAAUAGAACGAGAAGUAGCCGUCAAAGGUUACGAGGAUGGGUUGCAGACGUUAUGGUAUGGAGCAGCGUUGCUAGCUUUUGCUAUGGUCUUUGUGCAGGCAGGCACAGGAUGGAAAGGACACGAAGAGAAGUGCAAGGAGGCUAUCAUAGCAGAGAAAGAAAGUCGAGCUUUGCUGGAAGAAAGAGAGCAUAGAGAUAGAGAAGACCCAGAAGAGGCCGUGUAA